AUGCACCACACACGUAGGGGUUCACACCGUAGGUUUUUCAGCAAUUUCCUCUCUUGAAAAUACGUGUUUUUUGCGGGCAAAAAAAACUCAGAGAAGUUGGACGAUUAAUCGCCGAGUAACUUGAAUUAGCUGCUGGCUAACCGAUUAAUCGCCUGUGUUAAUUUAGUUCAGGCGAUUAAUCGUAAGUUCACUUUACUCGGCGAUUAAUCGUCCAACUUGUCUGAGAAAAUAAAAAUCUCGUAAAUCAACACAACGGAGUUUGUGUCUCACCACGGUUGACGUUUACAUUGCUGUCCCUUUAAUGUUGUGUAGAUUUACGGAGAAAACCGGCCGAAAAAAUAUUUUCUUUUUUCUUGUUGUUUUCAUUCAUUUUCUUCGCUAGAAAAGCAUUUAUACUUGUUUUUUGAAGGUAUGGCGCUUACCAAAGACUUGAAGUUGCCAUCAAAUGAGGAAUUAACCGUUCCACAGGAGAUUACUCUCUCCACACCUUGGUUGAAAGCAGUUGCACCAUACAUGGCUAAACAUUGCGAAAAGGAAGCUAAUGUAAGUAUUAAUAAAUUAAUCGAUAAUAAUUAAUAAGCUUAAAAAUUUAUCAGGAAUUCAUGCUUCGCCGCAAAGAACUCGAAGAUCCACGCGCUGUUUUGAAAGAGGGAGCAGCAUUGACUGCAUGUGGAGUUGAUUUUCUUCAAUCUUUAAAGAGAUCCUGCUUGCCACAAACUCAAAAAUUGGCUGAAUGUGUAGAUCAAGGAAGCGCCAAGCUUUAUCUCUCAAAGUUAGUUUAAUUCAUUAAGCUUAAAAUUAUGGUUGUAAAACAAAUAUAAUUUAGAUGUCACGCUGAUCAAAAAGAGUUGGAUGCUUGCGUCGAGGCAAAUCUCAACUUAACCAGACCAAAAUUGGGAUAUUUCAGCAGAUUGCAUGUUCAUGAAUCUUCUCAACCAGCUCCACGUAAGUUAAUUUAAUUGUUAAGUAUAUAUUUUUUUUCAUCAAAAAUCUAUUUUUGCAGAACCACACAUUCGUGAUUAUAAAGCUGAAGCGGCUAAAGUUCUCGCUGAACUUCCAGAUGAAUAUCAUCUGCGUAAAGAUUAUCGCAAAUACAAUGAUUGGCGAUACAAUAUCACCGAAUCAUAA